GGGGGCGGGCCGGGGGCGGGGGCGCCUGGCGGCCCAUUUCCUCCUCGGAGUCGGACUGGAGGGAGACAAAGCGGCGGCCGUCGGCUCCGGGCCUCGGGAACCUUCCUGCGCUCGCCCCCCCUCGCCGCAGAAAUGACUUCUGUCCACACAGGCAACAUAAACUUCAAAUGGGACCCCAAAAGUCUAGAGAUCCGAACUCUGGCAGUUGAAAGACUGUUGGAGCCUCUUGUUACACAGGUCACAACUCUGGUAAACACCAAUAGUAAGGGGCCGUCAAAUAAGAAGAGAGGCCGUUCUAAGAAGGCCCAUGUUUUGGCUGCAUCCGUUGAACAAGCAACUGAGAAUUUUUUGGAGAAGGGGGAUAAAAUUGCAAAGGAGAGUCAGUUUCUCAAGGAAGAGCUUGUGGCUGCUGUAGAAGAUGUUCGAAAACAAGGUGAUUUGAUGAAGACUGCAGCCGGAGAGUUUGCAGAUGAUCCCUGUUCUUCUGUGAAGCGUGGCAACAUGGUUCGGGCAGCUCGAGCUUUGCUCUCUGCUGUUACCCGGCUGCUUAUUUUGGCUGACAUGGCAGAUGUCUACAAAUUACUUGUUCAGCUGAAAGUUGUGGAAGAAGGUAUCUUGAAACUGAGGAAUGCUGGCACUGAACAAGACUUAGGAAUACAGUAUAAAGCCCUAAAACCUGAAGUGGAUAAGCUGAACAUUAUGGCAGCCAAAAGACAACAGGAACUGAAAGAUGUGGGCCAUCGUGAUCAGAUGGCUGCAGCCAGAGGAAUCUUGCAGAAAAACGUUCCAAUCCUCUAUACUGCAUCCCAGGCGUGCCUACAGCACCCUGAUGUUGCAGCCUAUAAGGCUAACAGAGACCUGAUAUAUAAGCAGCUGCAGCAAGCGGUCACAGGCAUUUCUAAUGCAGCCCAAGCCACUGCAUCAGAUGAUGCUUCCCAGCACCCGGGUGGAGGAGGAGGAGAACUGGCAUAUGCGCUCAAUAAUUUUGAUAAACAAAUCAUUGUGGACCCCUUGAGCUUCAGCGAGGAGCGCUUUAGACCUUCCUUGGAGGAACGUCUAGAAAGUAUCAUUAGUGGGGCCGCCCUCAUGGCUGACUCGUCUUGCACACGUGAUGACCGGCGUGAGAGAAUUGUGGCAGAGUGUAAUGCUGUCCGUCAGGCCCUGCAGGACCUGCUCUCAGAAUACAUGGGCAAUGCUGGACGUAAAGAAAGAAGUGAUGCACUCAAUUCUGCCAUAGAUAAAAUGACCAAGAAGACAAGGGACUUACGUAGACAGCUCCGCAAAGCCGUCAUGGACCAUGUUUCAGAUUCAUUUUUGGAAACCAACGUUCCACUUUUAGUAUUGAUUGAAGCUGCAAAGAAUGGAAAUGAGAAAGAAGUUAAGGAAUAUGCCCAAGUUUUUCGUGAACAUGCUAACAAAUUAAUAGAGGUUGCCAACUUGGCCUGUUCCAUCUCAAACAAUGAAGAAGGUGUAAAGCUUGUUCGAAUGUCAGCAAGCCAACUAGAAGCCCUCUGUCCUCAGGUUAUCAAUGCUGCACUGGCUUUAGCAGCAAAACCACAGAGUAAACUGGCCCAAGAGAACAUGGAUCUUUUUAAAGAACAGUGGGAAAAACAAGUUCGUGUUCUCACAGAUGCUGUCGAUGACAUUACUUCCAUUGAUGACUUCUUGGCUGUCUCAGAGAAUCACAUUUUGGAAGAUGUGAACAAAUGCGUCAUUGCUCUCCAAGAGAAAGAUGUGGAUGGUCUGGACCGCACAGCUGGUGCAAUUCGAGGACGGGCUGCUCGGGUCAUUCAUGUAGUCACUUCAGAGAUGGACAACUAUGAGCCAGGGGUCUACACGGAGAAGGUCCUGGAAGCCACGAAGCUGCUCUCCAACACAGUCAUGCCACGUUUUACCGAGCAAGUGGAGGCGGCUGUGGAAGCCCUCAGCUCGGAUCCAGCCCAGCCCAUGGAUGAGAAUGAGUUUAUCGAUGCCUCCCGCCUCGUGUACGACGGCAUCCGGGACAUCAGGAAAGCGGUGUUGAUGAUAAGGACUCCCGAGGAACUGGAUGACUCUGACUUUGAGACAGAAGACUUCGAUGUCAGAAGUCGGACGAGUGUCCAGACAGAAGAUGACCAGCUGAUAGCUGGUCAGAGCGCCCGGGCGAUCAUGGCUCAGCUUCCCCAGGAGCAAAAAGCAAAGAUUGCCGAACAGGUGGCCAGCUUCCAGGAAGAAAAAAGCAAGCUGGAUGCUGAGGUGUCCAAGUGGGAUGACAGCGGCAAUGACAUCAUCGUGCUGGCCAAGCAGAUGUGCAUGAUCAUGAUGGAAAUGACGGACUUCACCCGAGGGAAAGGACCACUCAAGAACACGUCCGAUGUGAUCAGCGCCGCCAAGAAGAUUGCGGAGGCAGGAUCCAGGAUGGACAAGCUCGGCCGGACCAUCGCAGACCACUGCCCGGACUCCGCCUGCAAGCAGGACCUGCUGGCCUAUCUGCAGCGCAUCGCACUCUACUGCCACCAGCUCAACAUCUGCAGCAAGGUCAAGGCCGAGGUGCAGAACCUGGGUGGGGAGCUCGUCGUCUCUGGGGUGGACAGUGCCAUGUCCCUGAUCCAGGCCGCCAAGAACCUGAUGAAUGCAGUGGUGCAGACCGUGAAGGCAUCCUACGUGGCCUCUACCAAAUACCAGAAAUCUCAGGGCAUGGCUUCCCUCAACCUACCGGCUGUGUCCUGGAAGAUGAAGGCCCCCGAGAAGAAGCCCUUGGUGAAGAGGGAGAAGCAGGAUGAGACACAGACCAAGAUCAAACGGGCGUCACAGAAGAAGCAUGUGAACCCGGUGCAGGCCCUGAGCGAGUUCAAAGCCAUGGACAGCAUCUAGGGCCACCGCGCCCGCCCGCCGCCUCCACCCCAGGGCUCCUGAGAUCAGGCCCUGCUCCUCACUGAUGUAUCUGCUCAACACAACACCGUGUUAGAUUCCAUGGGGACAUGGACAGAUUUUAAACCUGGCCCGGUGGGGCAUUUGGCCAGGAUAUACUUGUGUUUAAAUUAGUCAAAAAUACUUUUGGAAUUCAGGAGCACAUUUCUAACUAUAUUUUUUUUAAGCUUAAGUAAAAAUUAAAGAAAAAUUCCAUAACCAAAGAGAAACCCACAUUACCUGGUAGGGGACACUCUUGACCAAGGUCUCAGUGUGCACGAUGGGUGGGGGGCCACUGGGGCCAGGUGACUGCAGGAGUUCCAAGGGGAGCCAGCCGGGUGCCUUAGAAGGAAGGGCUUGGAGGGACAGACCACAUGGAGCUCAGUAAGACGUGACGCAUCACCAGGAAAACUGAUUACUCUCCUUAUGACCCUAAUAAAGUUGCUUUUUUCAGACUAGAAUGUUGUGAUGCCCUGAUCGUAACAUGCUUCUUCCCUUUCCUCAGCUUCAAAUGUAAAUUCAUCACUGGGCUCACUUCUAAUAAUCGCAGUGUUUCCUGCCUCGGGCUUCGCAACACCAGCCUCACAAAAUAGUGUUUGCUUAGGCGGUAACUUAGACUUUACCUGAUUUUUGAUUACGACAGCGAUGGCUAUAGCUAUAAGGUAUAAUUUUACUGUCUUAUUUAAAUUUUAUGAAUUUGAAUGUUUUUUACACUAACUUUCCCCAAUAAAGUCCACUAUGAAACCAA